AUGGAGACUGUUGGAGCCUUUCUUGAUGAAGAAUGGGAAUCAUUGAGCGAAGUGUUUUCCUGUGAAAAUUCUGAUUUCAUGCUGAAUUUGCAUGGCAGUGACUUGUUUUCGAAUCAAGUUGAAAAUGGGUUGAUCUUCUUGGCUAAUUAUACAGAAGAAAAUGUGGCUGCUGGGGUUGAGGAUGCUGUACCCUUUCCCUCGGCUACUCUUGACAGUACUGCUGACUUUUACUACGUUUCUCAAGAAAGUAGCAACAGUAGUGCUGAAAUUGAGAGAGACUUUUUUCCCAAUCAAGGAAAUAUUAAUCUCCCUGAUUGUGUAAUAAGUGACACAAAUGAUGAUCGUUGCCCUCGUUUUUCUGAUAAUCAUAAUUUAAUAACGAUUCCGGAUUGUUCGGAAAAGCAUGUGAUGGAAGACCAUUUGGGCAGUGGGAAAGUGGGCUAUGCAGAAAUGGGUGAUUAUGUCGAGGAAAUGCUGUUCAAGAGGAAGUCUGAAACUCCAGAAGAAAAAAUGGUGGAAAAUUCAUCUGAGAGUCCUAAGAAGAAAUCUAGGGUUUCAGCAGAUGCAUCAAGGAAUAAACCAGGGAUG